GGCGUCAAAUUGAUAGAAUUUCUCUUCGAGCAGUUGGCGGAGAAGCAGAACUUCAAAAGUUCUUGCACAACUUAUCUGGACAACAAGCCGCGGAUUACCGCCUUUUCUUUGAAAAGGGCAAAUGGGGACGUUAUAAAGGCAGUUUUGGAUUCUGCGUCACGCGAAAAGUGCCUUGUCGGGAAGAGGACUUGGCAUUUCGUGUAUCGAGUGAUAAAACUGGCUGUCAAGGAUGCUCAAAAACAGACCCACCCGGCUAUGCUGGUUUCAAUAAAGAUUUAAUCGAAAACCAAGCUGAUGGUUGUUUAACGCGAAAGCUCACUUGUCAUCAACCAAAUUAUGUGGUCUAUCGUGCAACCAGUGGAACGGUGAGUCAAGCGGAUCCGAUUUUGGUGCUCGAUUGCAAUAAGGAUUCCAAAUGGGUGACCCGUGAGGAGAAGUGGCGCGUUGAAAGUGUCGAUUGUCACAAUUCAACUGAACCGAAAAAGCCAAAGUCCGUUUGUAAAUUGGAGAAGAUUACAGGACCGUGCAAG